AUGGCUGACGACGAAGCACAGGAGCAGGCGGACAGGGAGCGCAUCUUCAAGCGCUUCGACCUGAACGGCGACGGGAAGAUAUCGGCGACGGAGCUUGGGGACUGCCUGAAGACGCUGGGGUCCGUGACGCCCGACGAGGUGAAGCGGAUGAUGGACGAGAUCGACACCGACGGCGACGGCUACAUUUCGUACCAGGAGUUCACCGAUUUCGCCUUGGCCAAUCGCGGCCUAAUCAAAGACGUCGCCAAGAUCUUCUAA